AGUAUUGUCAACAAAGCUGGAGAACAAGGGACGUGGGGGCAACAGGGGAAUAAAGGUCCACAGAGGAGAAAAGUAGCACACAGGACCCCCGCAUCAGUUUACCUGCACACUUGGAGGAAGGACUGGAGGAGGUAGCCAAAGGUGACAGUAAACAGGGGCGGACACGCACAGGACAGGACUCCUUUAUUUCUCUUCAUGGUGGUUUGGACACUCGGAGUAUGUAUGAGAAGUUAACCAUGCUGAACCUGCAGAGCGGCUCGAACUGGAGUGGGCCUAACAACUGGUACCAUGACCCCACCGGCGUUCAGACACAACACAGUACAGUGUCUGAUGGCUGUCUACUCGACACGGAGGGCAGCAUGGGGGGAGAGGCAGGGGGAGGGGGAGCGGGCAGAAGGGGAGGAGUCCCCGUGGAGAGGGACGAAGGUGAGGAGUCUCAGCUGAGGUUGCAGCUCAAGAGGAAGCUGCAGAGGAACAGGACCAGCUUCACACAGGAGCAGAUCGAGGCUCUGGAGAAAGAGUUUGAAAGGACACAUUAUCCAGAUGUCUUUGCGAGGGAGAGAUUGGCAAACAAGAUCGAUUUACCAGAGGCCCGGAUACAGGUGUGGUUCUCAAACCGAAGAGCCAAGUGGAGGAGAGAGGAGAAGCUGCGCAAUCAAAGGAGGUCAGGGGGUGUGACUUCCUGUUCACAGAGCCAAGCCCCUCUGACUACUUCCUUCAACACAUCUGUCUAUCAUCAACAGCACGGCAGCAGUUCAGGGUCCAUGUUGAGUCAGGCUGAGUCGUCCCUGCCCAGCUACAGCUCCCUGUCAGUUUUCUCAUCUGGAGUCCAGUCUAUUCCCCCCCAGUCGGCUUCCUCCUACUCCUGCAUGUUACCUCCAUCUCCCUCUGCUCCGCGCAGCUUUGACUCAUCGGCAUACUCCUCCCCUCACCUGCAGACUCCGCCCUCGGCCAACUCCAACACCGGGCUCAUAUCGCCCGGCGUUUCAGUGCCGGUCCAGGUUCCAGGGACCGAGCAGCAGGGCAUGAGUCAUAACCUGGGUCAGUACUGGGCCAGAUUACAGUGAACAACAGACAAUCGCUGCCAAACCGGCAACACAAAAGAAGAAGGGGGAAAAAGGGCAUGUAACAAAAAGUGUCAAGAAAACAACAUGGGGACACACAGGUUUUUAGGAAGCACAGGACUGCACUAUAGAGGGGCCUCAAUGGGGCCUCAAUGAGUUGCAGCCCCCUGACAUGCAUUAAAUGUUUACAAAUUCAGCCAAGAGCAGCUUUGGUUGUGCUUGACAGUACUCUAGUCAUGCUGGUAUUUUCUUUGUACUAUCAGAUUUUUUAUGGAGGUAGGGGGUGGAGGGUGGGGGGUAGUUAAUCAUCAGUUUGAGGUGUAUUUAUGAUUAAAUUAAAGUCAAGAUCAGGCUAAAGUUAGGGUUUAGGUUGCUCUCUGCGGAGAAUUGUUAUUCUCAAAAGUGUUAACAUAUUUUAUUGUGUGGAACAAUUUGGCUUUUACUUAUACCGACGGUUUCAUGAGCCAAAAGAAAUAAACAACCAGGGGAAAAGAAAAUGGACUUUUUAUUACACAAAGCUGUAAUACACAGAGAUUUGGUUGAAAGGUUUAAAAAGCCUGUAAGUGGACUUUUGAGCUUUGACGUUAUACAUAAUGUUAUACAUAAGAGGUGUCAGAAGACUGCUUUUGAGGUUUGAAUUUUUGGAAGUUGAUCUGAAAUUACCAUGAGCUCUCAGCCCAUACACUUAAAUGUCUACCAAGUUUAUUUGAAAAUAAAUAACAAAAACAGGUGCAUGAAUUGUAGUUUUGAAAUAUCAAAAUUGGAAGAUGUUUGCUCAUACUUGCUUAGAAAAUUGCUGGGUUAUAAUUACAACUCUAUCAUACAGAAAUGCUCUGAAAAGUCAUUCAGUGGUACUAAGUAAAUGCCAGCAGAUGUUUGAAUUGUGAAGUGUAACCUCAGUUUCUUGUUACUUGAGCAGCUCAAUGAUAUUGUGAUAGCGAGCUUCUUCCCUAAGCAUAAGCUGUGUGAGGGUACUGUGAAGAUUUUAGACUUGCUUAUGGCAAUCACUUUUACUAAAACUAAAAAAACAUACCAUAAAAAAAGUAAAUACUACCUACCCUGCCAGCAACAUUACACUAAUACUGAUACUGCAUAUUUUUGUACAGAUAUCUGUGUAUGAUGAAGAUUACUGUGGAAUAUUGUCAGAUAUUAUUGGAGGGAAGAAUGUAGCACGUUGUGGACUCAAAUCAUCCUCAAAGCACAAAUUUCAUUUGUUAAGAUAAAUUAUUAGGGAGGCACCAUAUCAAUACUGGUAUCAGAUAUUGUCUGAUACUAAGCUAAACAUUAAAAUAUUAAAUAUUUAUAGGUAUCACAGAUUUGUGCCAAAAACUACA